AACACAAAAAUGAAACUUCUAAACCGACUUUAAGUCGACAAUAAUAACAUGUUUAAUUUACCCGAACUCUAAAGUUGUGAUUACGAAAUUAUUUUUCUAUUUCAUCUAAACCGCACCUGUCUGUACGUACAGUUUAAACAACUUUGCGUAUUGGGAAGUGAUAUUGCACGGCCUUCUAGAGGGAAAUAAUUAGUACCUUACCAUUUAUCGUACCUGCAAAAAAAUCUUAAUUAAACUAUAUUUAUCUAUUUACGCGUUGAACAAAAAACUCUGGAGUAUCAUUAAACAAAUACGGGUUAACACAAUUUUAAAUUUUAACUGUUGUGGUGGUACCUCGACGAGUGAGAUAUAAGCGAUUCACCAUGGCCCUCUUCGUUUGUUGUUUCGAUACGAAGGGUUUGUCUGAUUUUUUCGAUACAAUGUAUCAGGACUGCACUGAUCCAAACUGCUGUUGUGGUUGGUGUAGUGCUUUCAGACCUAGAUACAAGAGACUUGUCGAUAAUAUCUUCCCUGCGUAUCCCCAAGAUGGCUUGGUUAAGAGUAACAUGGAAAAACUCACCUUCUAUUCGCUUAGUUCACCUGAAAAAUUGGAUAGGAUCGGAGAGUAUUUAUACCAAAGGGCAGCUAGAGAUAUUUAUCGAAAGAAAUAUGGGUUUGUUAUUAUUGCAAUGGAAGCCAUGGAUCAGCUUCUGUUGGCCUGUCAUGCUCCAACACUUAACCUUUUCGUAGAAAGUUUUCUGAAGAUGGUGCAAAAAUUGCUAGAAUCUGCAGAACCUGAACUACAAAUUCUAGCAACACAAUCUUUUGUGAAAUUUGCAAAUAUUGAAGAGGAUACACCGUCUUAUCAUAGAAGGUAUGAUUUCUUUGUCAGUAAGUUUGCCGCCAUGUGUCACAGCGGAGACAUUAAAGAGAUAAGAGAUAAAAUUAGAACUGCCGGUAUUAAAGGGAUUCAAGCCGUUGUGAGAAAAACCGUUUCAGAUGAUUUAGUUGAGAAUAUUUGGGAGCCAGUACACAUGGACAAAAUUGUACCUAGCUUGUUAUUUAAUAUGCAGGACUCCAGUUUUCAUAAGGAAUUGCAUAAUGGAGACACUGUACCUGAAGACAAUGUCGAUCCUCCCAUGCUCGCAGAAACCUGUAUGAGGGAAUUGGUGGGAAGAGCUUCCUUUGGGCACAUUAGGGCUGUGUUGAGGCCGGUUUUGAGGCAUUUCGAUCUUCACAAGUUAUGGGUUCCGAAUGAAUUUGCGAUUCACACCUUUAGAAUAAUAAUGUUUUCUAUUCAAGCACAAUAUUCUUAUACUGUGGUAGAAACUUUAAUGGCUCAUUUAGACGAAAACGCGAAAUCGAGUCCGACCAUUCGUACCAGCAUAGCGGAAGUUUUAUCAAAAAUCAUAGCCAUAGCUGCGGGCGAGAGUGUCGGCCCAUCUGUCCUCGAAAUCAUAAAUUCUUUGCUUAGUCAUCUGAGGGAUUCGGUAAAAAAUGAAACUAGCCAAUCUGAAGAGAAACAGUACCAGGAGGCUCUAAUUAAUGCCUUAGGAGAGUUCGCGAAUCAUCUGCCCGAUUAUCAGAAGAUCGAAAUUAUGAUGUUUAUUAUGAGUAAAAUCCCUUUCCCGCUGGUUGACAAUCAGACCCCCGCUGACAAUAUGUUGCAAAGUAUCUUACUCAAGAGUUUAUUAAAGGUGGGCACCAAGUAUCAAACGAUUCAUUUAAAUACUACAUUCCCGGUAUCAUUUUUGGAGCCCCUGUUGAGAAUGUCCCUCGCUCCCGAUCCGGAAAUGAGGCUCCUGGUGCAGAAAAUAUUGCACACGCUCAUGGAUCGACACCGCAAUAUGGAUAAACUCUCAAAACCGACGGUAAACGUGCUAGAUUUGGAUCUAGUUUUGGAAAAGUCGUCCAGAGCGGAUCUGAUAUUCAUUAAUAAGCACGGACCGAUCAUAUACGACGCUCUCUACACUAGCCUGCAAAUGGAUACCAAUAGCCCCGAAAAUAUCGAGGCCGUUUAUACGACCCUAGCGCUGCUCUGCGUAGAACUAGCCAGCACCGAAACGGUUAUCGAUUUGUUGCAGCUCUUGCUCGGUAUCCAAAAUCUAGCUCUGACCAGUACGACAUUGUCCAAUGCCCAUAAAUUCAAUUUGCACGCUCUGAUCAUCAGUUUACUGGUACUCAUUCCCGACGUGGUCGGCAUACAAUUGCUGAGCGACUACGCUAGCAAACUAGUCGAGGCUCGGAAAGAAGAAGCCCCGUAUCUAUUGCCGGAUUUGAUGUCUCAUUACUCGCCCAACUGCGAGGCAGCGAACGCGUUGCCACAUUUAUUGGUAGACAAAUUAGCGGUAUGCGAAUUUUUAAAGGACGCCGGAAUCGAUCCGUCGCGAUUAUCGCAGACUUCCCCUUACGGUGCGGGCGGACCCGGACUGGUGGGCGGUUCCCAAAGGCACAGCUGGAUGGAUACGAGCGCGCGUGGCAGUAUCAUGGAAAUACCGUCCGCCCACGAGGUCGACAGCGCUGCCAGUUCGCCCGGAGUUCAAAGAAAAAUGCCGGAGGAAGAUUUGACGUUCGAAAGUAUGAAGAAAGUACUGACCGAACCGCCGGAAAUUAAGAAAGAAGCGGAAGCGGAGAGGCGAAAACAAAUCAGCCACACCUUCAGGACGGCCACUUUCUCGGAACUGGUCCGCAGGACUCAACCCAAGCAUGACGUGUUACAGAAUAAGCUAAACGAAAUAUUCAAAUCUCUCAGCCUUUCAAAAAUCGAGAGUCCAACAGAGGAGCCGAAAAAGAACGAGACGCCAACUUAUGAACAGAAUUUUCCAGAAUUAUUUUACUAUUAAUAACUCAAUCAUCCGCUUAAAGUAGCAAAGUUUCACUUUAAAUCGGUAUAGGAUUAGAAAAUAAAGUUUAAAUCUGCCCUAAACAUUCAAAAACCAACCGGUUCUAGUUUUAAAGGCUUAACUAAUUUUUUUUUAAUUGAUUAUUGUAUUAAAUCAUACUGAAUAAUACUUACGGGAAAGAACAUCUGGUCAUAAAUACAAAAUUAGGUAUAAAGAAUAAUAUUGAACUUUCAAAAUGAACAAUUUGGUGACUUUUGAUUCAAACGCCAAUUUGUUAUUUUUUGUCUUUCUGGAGUUAGUUCACGCAUUAUUUUUUAAGUUAUUUUUGGUAAUUCCACUUGUUUACCCUUUACAAAUUUAUUUUGUAAAUGGUUAGUUAUCCACGAUAAUGUCCAAGUUGCUGAUAAUAAAGUGCCCAAGAUGAUGGGCAGGGUUUGUAUUCUAAGCAAUAUUAAUUAUGCUUGAAGGUCCUAAAAAAAUAACUUUCCUAAAAUCAAAAUGUUGAAGAUUUAGAAGUCUAGACGAUUUCACCUUUUAUUAAUAUGUUAAAAUAAAAACGACGCGACAUAUAGUUGUUUUAU